UAUCAGGUCCUUUAUUGGACAGGUAAAUUGUCGGAAAAUUUUCACUUGACAUCUUGAAUAGACAAGAUAUCAAUGCAUGGACGAGAACUGAAAAUAUACAUGGCACAGUAUGGACAACAGAGAGACAAUAUUUGGGAAAGACAGCCGUGAAACGAUCGGCGCAUUAGCGGUUAUUAGCACGCCCGACGGCAGCACUCCGAUGGAGGAAACUCGACAAGAUGAGCACAGUCAUCGUACAUUCGCUAACCGGUUCCAAGAUUUUGGCAACAGUACAACGUUUCAUGGUCUCAGCUAUGUUAUCAACAACAAACACUCUGGACCCAGAAGAUUGCUGUGGUUUGUGAUCGUAGUAGCCAUGUCUACCUGGCUCAUUUACAGCGUCACAUUAUCAUUCAUCACUUAUUUCAACUACCCCAUCACCAGUGCCAUCUCCAUCAACUACGUGGACAACAUCACCUUCCCUGCUGUUACUCUCUGUAAUUUCAACCAAUUCCGCCGAUCCACACUGACUGAAGAAAAGUUGAAAGUCCUGCGGGAAAUCUACGAAUCCAAUCCCCCAGAUGAAAUCGAUUUUACACCAUUUGAUGGAGAGACAAAUUUUGAUUUCGAUGAAAAUCAUUUAUUGGAAAUCUCCCAUAAUCUGGAUACAAUGUUGAUCGAUUGCAAAUGGAAAUCUUCUCAGAAAUGCACGGUUCAGAAUUUCACCAGUCGAUUCACCGAUCAUGGCGUCUGCUUUACCUUCAAUGAUCCUGAGGAUGUCUCAGAGAGAUUGCAAGUUAUUAAUGCUGGGAGGGAUAAUGGAUUGUUCCUACGACUGUUUGCUGAGACUAAUGAGUACGCAUUCGGUGAAAAUACUGCGGCUGGCUUUAGGAUAUUGCUCCAUUCCCAAGGUCUCAUGCCACUUGUUAAAGAAGUUGGAAUCUCUGUGUCUCCAGGCUUCGAGUCAUCUAUUGCUGUCAGGAAGCAUGUGUUCAAGAGUCUCGCUUGGCCUUACCAGUCGAACUGUACGUCGUCUCAGUUGAAGUAUUCAACAAUUUACUCUGUGCCGACCUGUAAAUACGAAUGCAAGAUCAAGUUUGUCGUGGAGCGAUGUGGUUGUCGUGACUACAGAUGGCCAGGUACGGUGCGUUUUUGCCAUCCGCGGGAGUAUUUCAGCUGCAUCCUCAAGUACGAAGCUCAAUACCAGUUGCAGGAGAAGCAUCGUGACUGUCAUUGUCCUGUGUCGUGCCUUCUGACGACAUAUGACAGUCAUAUUUCUAUCGGUUACUGGCCAUCCAGUGUUUGGAAUCGGUCUAACCAAAGUAAAGACGUUACCUAUACUAGGAAUAACUAUCUGGACGUGCACAUAUUCUACGAAGAACUUAUGUAUGUGGAAAUGGAGCAAAAGAGCGCGUACGAUUCGUCCGCUUUGCUGAGCGGUGUAGGAGGUUACAUGGGACUAUUGUGUGGUAUGAGUCUUAUCACUGUGGCGGAAUGGGCAGACUUCAUUUUCAUCUCACUGCUUAAUAAAUUCAAACCAUAAAAGGAAUGAAUUCUGAAGAUUGGAUUGAACGUGUUUGCCUCUAAAGACUGAUUUUCUGGAGAGAUCAGAAGAGAAAGUAUUGCCAAA